AUCUUAUCCAAAUGUAAUGGGCGAUACUCCGCCGCCACUCAUUCAAACACUGCCGCUAAGGAUCAGACAGAGCACAGUCCGAUCAUACUGAAAUGGCGCUCUCUUCAUUAACCUUCACAACCCCAAGAGCUCAGGCUUCCCAAAUUUUCAGCCCCAGAUUAUCUUCCGCCGUUAAACCCACCCCUUCUUCUUCUUCUUCCUCAGUUUCUGCUACUAAGAAGGCAAUAUCUAAUGUGGGCAUUGGGGUUCUUGCUGCUUCGGUUCUAGCUCUGUCGCCUUUGGAUGCCAACGCUACCAGGAUUGAAUACUAUGCGACUGUUGGUGAACCCCUUUGCGAGUUCAGAUAUGUUCCUUCCGGCCUUGGCUAUUGCGACCUUGCCGUGGGAUCCGGUGAGGAAGUUCCUUAUAAUGAGCUUAUCAAUGUUCACUACACUGCAAGGUUUGCUGAUGGGAUAGUGUUUGAUAGCAGUUACAAGCGAGCUAGACCUCUCACCAUGCGCAUUGGUGUAGGCAAGGUAAUAAGAGGAUUGGAUCAGGGAAUAUUAGGGGGCGAAGGAGUACCUCCAAUGCUAGUAGGUGGGAAACGUAAACUUAAGAUUCCUCCACAUUUAGCGUAUGGUCCAGAGCCAGCAGGCUGCUUUUCAGGUGACUGCAAUAUACCUGGAAAUGCAACUCUUGUGUAUGAUAUAAACUUCGUUGGAGUCUACUCCGGAAAUAGGAAGUGAACGAAAUGAUAUCCAUUUUCCUACAAAUUUCUUGUAGAUAGACAACACAGAAUAAGUGAGUUUCUGACUUUUCUAUUAUAUUCAAUCAUAUAAUCCUUCGCGUUGUUAGUUUCUCUUUGAAGUUAUACUCACGACACAGCUAUUUGAAUACAUCCCAUUUCGUUUUUCUCCCA